ACCCGAAGCUGGCGACAAGAGGAAUUCAAACUACUGAAUUGCAUUUAAACCCUUCGUUAGUUCGUUUCAUAAAUCGAUUCUCCCUCAUCACAUUUUCAAUUGCUUCAGAUCUAUCUUGAACGGAAAUCAGGAUCUGUUGUAAAGGAAUGCAGAGGGAAAGACAAACUAGAGAUGAAUCAAUGAAUUCGUCUAAUAGAAGCAUGAUGUCCAGCAUUUUUGGAGGAAGGGAUCCAUUUGAUGACCCAUUUUUCACUCGCCCAUUUGGGAGUAUAUUUGAGCACAAUAGCAUCUUUGAUACACAUGGUUCAUCUGAGGAUUUGCUACAUUCAAAUGCGAACAGUUCCAAGGGGCUAGUUAUUGAAGAGAUAGAUUCUGAUGAUGAAGGAGAAGGGCAAAACGGUAAUUCUGGGGUUGUUACGGAUGACAAACCCCACAGAGUUGCCACAUCUAGCAAAGAUCCCCUUAUAGAACAUCCUGAUGAUGAAGAGGAAGUGAAGAAGGAGACGCGCUUGAACAAGAAUCAUAACAGGACCAAGACCCAAAGCAUUAGUUUUAAAAAAGUUACAUAUGGUGGUAUAAAUGGAGCAUACUACACUGCAACAACAACCAGAAAAUCAAACAAUGAUGGAGUGGUACUUGAAGACACCAAAGAAGCUGAUAAAACAACAGGUCAAGCAACACAUAGAAUUUCUAAAGGAAUACAUGACAAGGGUCACUCUGUCACUAGGAAACUUGGUACAGAUGGGGAAGUGGACACAGUGCAGACCUUACAUAACCUUAACCAAGAUGAGUUGGCAAGUUUUGAAGAAGAAUGGGAGGGUAAUGCUGACAUGCACAUCCCUCCUUGGAACGAAGAAUUCAACUCGUUUGGGAAGCCAAGGUUUGGUAGCAUGGGACCAUUUGGGUUGGCGCUUGAGGCAGCAGGUGGCUCCCAGAGAAGUGGGAGGUUGAGGACUGAAAAUCAAGAGCAGACAAGUUCUUCUAGAAGCCAACCUAAAAAGUCGGUAGGCCUCACCCUUCCUAUCUUUUUUUCCUUUCUGGAAGUUUCUAUCACUCUCUUAUUAUUCUCCUAUUCUCUCUUUCUCUCUUUGAUUUCGAGCUUUAAAGUUUCUCAGAGUAAAAUGUCAAAACUAUUUUGGGGCAAAGAUCCAUUUGAUGAUCCGUUCUUCACUGAUCAUUUCCAUGACCAUGGUGGAUCUAGAAAGGAGAUAACAAUCGAGGAAUUGGACACCGAUGGCGGAAAUUCAGCUCCUAACACACAAGUAUCAGUCAACAAAACCCCAACACACAAAUCUCAAGAAUCUGAUAGCUUCAGCUUCCGAAGAGUUGCAUAUGGUGGUGUCAAUGGAGUGUACUACAGUUCUUCUAUAGGCCAAAGGACUGGUAGUGAUGGGGUGGUUUUUCUAGAAAUCAAAGAAGAAGAUAAGACUGUGGGUCAAGCAUUGCAUACAAUUUCCAGAGGAAUACAUGAGAAGGGUCAUACACUGACAAAAAAAUGCGACCCAUUUGGCAAAGAGGAUUCAUUGCAAAUUCUACAUAAUCUAAAUGAGGAUGAACUAAAUGCGUUUGAAGAAAAUUGGAAAGUCAAAGCAGACAAGCAUAUACCUGGUUGGAAUGACGGGUUCAAUUUGCUUGAGAAUGCAGGGGUGGAGGGUUAUGGUCAGUUAGGUUGGAAAGAUGAGGGGGCUUGGGGCAGGUGGACACUGCCAUGGACAGAUGUGUGGGGAACGGAUGGUGGUCAGCCCUCUUCUGGAAGGGUCAAAAAGGUUACCCCAGUUGAUAUCAUGUAAUCAACUCUAUAAAAGUUAAACUCGACUCCGACCGAGUUGACUUAUGACUCGGAUAAGUUUAACAACUAUGGACUUAUACUAGAUGCGCAAGUAGUUUGUUAGUGUGUUUUUAAUGUUAUGUUGUUGUAUAAACUUUGACAUAUGUUUCUCUUUGCUUUAUUAUCGUGCGUUUAUUUU